AAGCUGAGUGGGCUCGGGGCGGUGUUGGGCAGGGGCUGCACACGCAAGGGCCAUCGGAACGAAGGGUGCAGGGCGGCGCACCCUCCAGCACAGGUCAGGGCGCGGUGUCCCACAAGCCGACCCACGCCCCUCGGAGCCUUCGGGAGAGACAGUUCUGGCCUCCCAACUCCCGAAGUGAAUACUGAGACCGCAAAUGUGUCCAGAGAUAUCCUAAAGAGGCUGAGGGGCUGAGGAGCCCUAGGGCACCCAGAAGGAGAUUCCUGAAGCCAACGUGGACCCAGAGGAAUUUGCCGGGUAUUUGAAACCCUUCGAGGUCCACUGGAAUGCCUCCAUCACUGUGAACACUUUCCAAGUCCUGAUCAAAAUUCAUCUCUUCUUCCUUAAGCCCCAGUAGACGCUGGCUUGUCCCCUGUAUUAUAAAGAGCUGGCAAUGUGCCCACAGUACAGGGACUGGAUCUGAGCUUACCCAAGAGUAAGCCUUCAUAAAUGAUGACUGGCUGAAUCAUUAGUUGAGCCAUUAAUUUCAUUGUGCUGUUCCUGAUUUCCAUUGGCCUAUAUGAGAGGAAAAGGCACAGAUUUGUUGCCUAAUAAGGGGGGUAGAUAAGAACUUAUGCCUCCUGGGUUUUAACUCAGCGAGCCCUUGUUCUUUACCCUUCUCCAUCCAGAUAAGGUAGCCCAAGUGCUAUAUAGGAUGGGGCUCCGGAGGCCUUGUAGGAAAUGUGGACCGGUCCUGGACUGAAUUAUUCAGAUUCUUCUCCCCCCGACCACACACACAGCUUCUGCAUUCUUAGAGUUGUUCAUGAAUUUUAUCAUAGUUCAUGAAUUUUACCGUCAUCUUUUCUGGAAAAGAGACCUUAUGGUUAAUAAUCAAGUUCGUUAACUUUGGUUGGUUGACAGCUCUACCUAGAUAAAGGAGGGCUUCAGAACCAGUCAGUAACUCUUCAGUGCUUGGACUAUGGAGAAGUCCCUGACCUGGCCAUCUUUACUCAAGACUAUUGAGGAAAGGAGAACACCCAGCCAGUCUCAGGUUAGAGCACCAGGGAAGGAGAAUUCCCAGGAAAUCUCAGGAUAGCCCCAUAGAUGUAGGGGAGACACAGCUCUGCUGACCAGGAGCAUGUGGUUUGCUGAUACCUUUAUCAAUAACCAGAGAACAGCCACACAACGCCUUAUAUAGUGUCCUCCAAUUCUUCCCCACCCGAAUCCCUGUUGCGAUGGAGACCGCCAAUGGGACUGAGACCUGGUAUCACAGUCUGCAUGCUGUUCUGAAGGCUCUAAAUGCCACUCUUCACAGCAACCUGCUCUGCCGGCCAGGGCCAGACAACCUGACUGAGGAGCGGCGGGCUAACCUUCCUGGCCGCGACGACAACUCCUACAUGUACAUUCUCUUCGUCAUGUUCCUAUUUGCUGCCACUGUGGGCAGUCUCAUCCUGGGAUACACCCGCUCCCGCAAAGUGGACAAGCGCAGUGAUCCCUACCACGUGUACAUCAAGAACCGUGUGACUGUGAUCUGAUGUGAGGAACCGGGGUGGCUGAAGAUCAAGACAGCUGGGGAGCCGAAACCGGUUUGGCUCAGUGGAUAGAGCAUCGGCCUGCGGACUGAAGGGUCCCGGGUUCGAUUCCGGUCAAGGGCAUGUACCUGGGUUGCGGGCACAUCCCCAGUGGG